AUAGAAUUUACACGAAGAGCCCUAAAUUAAUUUCUUCUUAUUUCUGUAGCUUUUAGCUGACAAUGAACAUUUAGAGCUUUUGUUGUAAAUUCUAUAACUUUGCAAAGAAAGGUCAUGUAGAGUUGGAAGAGGUCUCAUUUUAAUCAGAAAUGUGCGGGCUACAAUCAUGCCUCAUUAAGAACGGUUCGGGUUAUUUUUUGGGGUUUCUGAAAAACUCGUUUUCUAGAAAACCAGGUCUUCGAAGGGCUAUGCGGAAGCCGCAUGGUCGUAUUCGUAAUCAGCAUGGUCGAUAACCUAUAACCCACUAGAUUCCGAGCAAAAAGCGUUUAAUCACGUCGUGGGAUUCUCUCGUCAGUUUUACCGAAAAAAUUCAGGUAGACAGACAUCAAGAACAUCCGUAGAAAACGUGCCGACAACAAAACCACGUUUAAAUAGACCACUGCUUUCAUCAUUAUUUGAUGAUGUAUCAGUUAAUGAUAUAUCUACAACAACACAGACCCCAACGAUUUCGAACACUAAUACACAUGACAUUUUUCAACCAGUGAAGAGAAAAAAUACAAAAAGACAAGUAACGAAGGGGUUCUCGACUCAAUUUCACGAUUCGCCAAUCAAACGAAUUCUUGCUAAGAGUGAACCAAAUACGAAUCCAAAAUCAAAUAGAAACGAAGAAUCUGAUCAAAAAGCAUUAGUCCACAGUAACAAAAUAUCCGCUAAGAAUUUUGAUGAUGAAAAAAGAGAAUUGUCGACGAGUUACGUGUUAACAGGAUCUGAAGAUUAUCAUCUUCCAAUCCGCAAAGCAGCAAUUAAUCAAAUCAAAAAUAAUGAUUAUACAGCUUAUGGUUCAACUACUACUGGUCUAGAAUAUGCCUCACAAACAAAAAUGAACUUAUCUGGCACAUUAUCUACCGAAAAAGAAAUAUUUGCGUUGUGUGAUAUAUUGAAAUGUCAUAUUUAUGUAUUUCAAGACGAUACAAAAAAGUGGAUAAAGUUUAGACCAAUCCAUGCUCAACAUUUCGGUUUAACAUCGAUUUAUUUAGUUAGAAAGAAAAGAAUUCAUUUUGAUGUAGUGCUCGAUGUAGUUGGUUCGACGUCAUGA